CGAUAAGUAAAAAACCCUAGAAACCACACUGAUAUACUCUUAGUGUCUUACACACACUGUGGCUUUGGCAGCGCGACUCGUCUUCGUUCCUUACCCUCGGGUUGAUCUGUGAGAGGGGCUUGAUAGCCCUCUCUCUCUCUGCUGCUGCAAUUCUGAUUGUUGGCAACUAUUUUUUAUACAGACGAUUUGUCUUCACAUGGAAGCAUUGCUUGCUUGAGGGACGCCUUUGUCUCAAAGGAGUUGGAAUUUUCGGGUUUUUUGUGGGAUUGGAGAUUUAGAGAGUGCCCUUGCACUCCCUGUUUUAUUUCAUCACCAUGAUUGCCACUGAAACUAUAGUACCAAGUACAAAAUUGAAGAUCAAGUUCUCAACCAAAAGGAUAGAGAUUGAUUCUGGGCCAAAAUGUGAGUUUGGACAGAAAGUGUAUCACAAUGAUAAAAACAGGCGCUGUAAUUCUAAUGAAAAUUCCUCAGCACUGAAUUCUAACAAGAGGGGACCACCAGUAAGUGUUGAGGGCCAAAAGGAGAAAAGACAAAAGAUUGAUCGGAAAGGGUCGAUGCAGUGUGCUACAAUACUUAAGAGUUUAAUGUCUCACUCAUAUAGUUGGGUGUUUCUUAAGCCAGUGGACCCUGUAGCAUUGAGUAUUCCAGAUUAUUUUACAAUCAUAUCUCAUCCAAUGGAUUUGGGCACAAUUAAAUCUAAGCUGGAGAGAAACAUUUAUUCUGGCAUUGAGGAGUUUGCAGAUGAUGUCAGACUGACCUUCUCAAAUGCAAUGAAAUAUAAUCCUCCCGGUAAUGAUGUUCAUAUGAUGGCGAAGGAACUCAGCAAAAUAUUUGACAGAAAAUGGAAAGACUUUGGUAGGAAAUGGAAGUUUGAAGAUGAGCAUGAUAAAAGCGAAACGGAAACAAUUAAGGAAACUGGGAGAAAAAGUCUUGAUGCAAUGCUUCCCCGGCAUAAAGAUUCCUUGCCCAAAAAAACACAAUUAUUCGAACACAAAGGAAUGCACAAGAUUAGAUCAUUGGCAACAAAAGAUGCCAGAGUGGAGACACCUAAAUUAUCACAGAUUCCUUGCAAGUUGAUUGAGAAAGACUUGCACAAAGGCAGCAAAGGUAAUCAUGAUGUGGAACAGCCUGCUGGCUCUCUAAAGUCAUAUUUUUCAGUACGUUUUGUCACAUCCAAGUGUAGAAUUUGUGGCAAUAUCAUAUGCCAUUGUGAAAAUCCUAGCAAUUCAACACAGGUGUCAUCAGACAUAUCAUCCGAAGGAUCUGAAGGAAGGGACCUAAUUGCACGUGUUGCCGAUUCAUUGAGACAGGAUUGCCGGACUAAAUGUACAUCACCUAUGGAGAAGAAAUCUGAUCUUGAUUCUGAUGGAGCUGUAAGUUCUUUGGACAGUGAACAUGUUUGUCCUAGUUCUCAGCAUGUAACUCCUACUACUGAUGCCUCUUCUGGGGAAGUAUGGAGCAUGCCUGUUUUGCCCGUCCAGCUUUCUCCUAAAAAGGCUCUUCGUGCUGCUAUACUUAAAAGCCGCUUUGCAGAUACCAUUUUGAAAGCACAGCAAAAGACCCUUCUUGAUCAUGGUGAUAAAGGUAAUCCUCAAAAAAUGCAGCAGGAAAAGGAGAGAUUGGAAAGGAUUCAGCGUGAAGAAAGAGCUAGGAUCGAAGCCCAAAUUAAAACUGCUGAAGCUGCUGCAAGAAUGAGGGCUGAGGAAGAGUCAAGGCAGCGGAGAGAAAAGGAAAGAGAAGCUUCACGAGCUGCAAUAGAAAAGAUGAAAAGAACCGUUGAUAUAGAACAUAAUAUGGAGAUUAUUAAAGAACUUGAAAGUUUGAGUGGAUGCACGCUAUCUUAUAAGGCCGUUGGCGGUAGAAAUGGCUACAAAGUUGCAUUGGAGACAUUGGAUAAACAUCAGUUUGAGAACCCAUUGGAGCGGCUUGGUUUAUUUAUCAAGGAAGACUUCACCACAGAUCUUGAUGAGGAGGUUUUGAACGGAGGCUUUGAAGAAGGGGAAAUUUUUAACUGAAUGCACCUUCAUGCAGUUCUGCCAGCUCUAAGUGUUUAUAUCCCUUUUAGACAUGGAAACAGACAAUUAUUGUAAAUGCACAUAUUGUUUGGAAUCAAGUCUUUCGACUAUAUCUGCCUUAAUUACCCUCUUGUCUGGGAAUUAGAUAACUACACACGCUUGCAAUUUUGUUUUACAAUAUUAAAGUAUUCCUUCCAGCAAACAUAUAAAGAAAGCUCUUACAGGCGUGAUGUUUGUUUGUCCGUUUGAUGUAAAUAGGUUAAUAUAAAGAUUUCCCGAAAAACGGGAUUUUUUUU